CCACGACUUUGGCUGCAGUAGGUUAACCUUAACCAUCCGGCAAAGACAACUAUAUUUUGUGUUGACUUGGUGAGAUUCCUGUGCAAUCCUGUCUACUACUAUUAAAAGCCUAUAUAUAUACAUAGUACAUUUAAUGCAUACAAGGUGACAGCUGGAAAUAUACAGAAAAAUGGUAGAGAUUAAUGACGGUCGCCAUUUCAAAAACCCUUAUGAUGAUUAUAUUUCAGAUAACCAACUACAAGUGGAAAACACAAAUAUUCCAAAGAAAUUCAUUGAAUUAUUGAAUGUGUUAAAUUCUAAGUACGAGAAACUAUCCUCUUCUGAUAUAUCCAUGUACACGGGGUUAUCAGGUAUUGGACUAUUCUACAAUUACUUAUCACAAUCAAAAAGUAAACUCAUCGAUAGAAAAAUACGUGAAGAUGCUAUUCAACAUGCUGGCAGGCUGUUACUUCGUUGUCUGCGUCAUAUUGAUGCUAAAAAGUUAUCUAAGAAUAUCAGUGUUUUCACUGGACCUAUCGGUGCAUUAUGCUUAGGAGCUGUACUGUGCACUUCAGCUCAAAGUGUCGAUGCAAAACGAUACUCGGAACAAAUUCUAUCCGCCAGUAAUUAUGCUGCUUUCGAUUUGCGUUCUGAUAUGCCUGAUGAAGCCCUAUAUGGAAGAACAGGUUAUUUGAACUGUCUGCUAACUUUGAAGGAAAACAAUAAUUUUGAUAUACCCAGUGCUACGAUUUCAUUGGUAGUUAAUGCCAUCUUACAAUCUGGUCAGAGUACAGCUAAUACUUACAAAUCCAAUGGUUAUUAUGAUUCUUUAAUACGACAUUCUUCCAAACGAAGCUUACCAAUACCACCGUUGAUGUUUGAAUGGCAUGAAAAAUGUUAUCUUGGUGGGGCGCAUGGUUUUGCUGGUAUUUUAACUACUCUCUUAAAGGCUUAUAAACUGUUUCCCGGUGUAAUAUCCUCAGAUACUUUAAAUCAAUUAAUUUUACCUACUGUUGAAUGGAUGGGACAACUUCAAUUACCGAGUGGAAAUUGGCCUUCAAGUUUGGGGGAUAGUAUAAGUCGGGAUGUAUUAGUUCAUUGGUGUCAUGGUGCAACCGGUGUAAUCCCACUUAUGCUAUCAGCAUACAAGAUAACCGGUGAAAAAAAGUACUUAGAGCGUGCAUUGACUGGUGGAGAAGUUCUCUGGACUCGUGGUCUACUCCACAAAGGUUGUGGUCUAUGUCAUGGUUCUGCUGGUAGCGGUUUCAGUCUAUUGGAAAUUUAUCAAACUACACAUGAUCCUAAGUUUUUGUAUAGAGCUAUAAAGUUUGCUGAAUGGUGUACUGAUUGUUUUACCAAUGCUACUCGUGUUGCUGACCGGCCAUAUUCACUUUUUGAAGAAACCUCAUUCACGUAAUCCAGGAACGGUUUCUUCAAGUGCUCAGGGAGCUCAUCCACAGCAUAGAACCUUUCUGUGACAUUCUUUGACAAUUCCGUGAUACAUGAUUUGAGUGAGUCAAUCUGAUUCAAUGCAUGACGCUUGAGUGUCUUACUAUUUGGGCGAACUCUGCUACGUCGCAAAGACUUCCAAUAGGAUUUAGGAUAUUGGUUUCUCUCAAUGCAUUCAAGAAUGAAGUCCAAAGAAAUUCUCGCUUCACUGAGCCUUGCGCUGUACUUCAGAUACUCAUCGAGUGCCUUUAACGCAAACUUUUGCUCGGAAGAUUUCAAUAUAGAAAAUAUCCCCAUUUAGACAUUUG